GUGCUAUUCUGAUCUUUGUUAAAGAAAUUCCUUUGAUUAUUUGAGUGUUUUAACUUGUUUAUCUAGAUGCUUUGGUGUUUCCUUUUUUGGAUUGGAUUAAUUUUUAACUUAAUUUUUUACAUAACCAUAUGUAAUAGACUUUUUUUUCAUUAAUUAUAAUAUUGGACAGGGAGAGACAGACAAAAAAUCUUAUAUUUUAAAGAUAUCAACAUACAAUAUGGCAGUCAAAAAACAUGAGUUGGUUGCGGAUAAUCGCAACCAACUGGAUCUGACUGCGUUGGCGCAAUACUUCCAGAUGAUGAAUGAACAGGCGAACUAUCUGCCACCACCUCAAGAGCUUGUUAAACAUUGUCAGGAUAUUGUUAAAUGCUUAGCAAGAACAACAGGAACAGAGGAACAAUUAUGGCAACUGCUACAGCCAGUCGAGAGGUUUUUGCUUCGCGUAGUGACAACAGUACACGGCGAUGUUCGUCAUGAAGUCUUUACAGCAAUUCUAGACAAAUUCUAUUCCUACAUAUCAGAUCCACAAUCGGACGCAUGUCCCGCGACUGCCGCGGUGCUGGUAGUGAUCGACGAGUCUGAUGACGAGGGUGCUUUGUCAGCGGCCCGUUGGUUGGUCCAGCAGCGUGAGAACGGUCCGGCCGGGGCUGGACUGAGAGCAGCGUUGUCCUGCCUAUUUAGAUGGUUAUUACAUUGGCACGGGACGCCUGCAUUGGGGAAUUGGAUAGUCGCAUAUAUAAAAGCUUUGGAGGAAAACGAACAAUACGACAUAUUGAUACAGACGAGUUUGGACAACGUGGCCAAACUUCUAUCAUCAAUGACCAACCCAGCACCGCUACAUCAGAAAUCAGCUGAUGUUAUCUUUCACGUUCUAUCAUCUUUGCGUGAAUCCGCUGAGGCGUUUGAUAGGAUAUCCACUGAAAUUCCUGAUGUGCUGGUAAGCCUGGCGUCUGACAGUGGUCAGUGGAGUCGCCAAUUGCUACAAACGCUGGUAGACAUACUCACAUCGAUGGUCGAUGGAAUACUUGAAACGCUUAAGGGCGACGCCCAAGACGUAUUCAGAGAUAAAUACGCUGACGUGAUACUGUGCCUGGAGAGGCACAUGGCGACCCGUGGCUGCGGUCACCUGCAGCUAACACCAUGGCGGACCCGGAACGUAUGCGUUUCGGACACACCACACGUCCCCAUGAGAAAGGUUGGCCUCCUCAACCUCGGCAACACAUGCUACAUGAACAGCGUGAUGCAAGCUUUGCUUGUCACCAGGCAGUUUAGUACGCAUGUGAUGCUAAAGAUGACAGCUGUGCCCUAUUGGGCAAAAAUGAGCAUACUGUUCUCAAAGAUGAUGCACUCCGUAUCAACCAAGCUUAACCCGGACGAGUUCUUCAGUGUUGUGAAGCCACCGUUUUUUACGAUGGACAACCAGCACGAUAGUUCCGAGUUUCUCGGAUACCUUUUCGAAUUGCUGCAAUCGUAUGAACACUGCUCGGACAAGAACUUCGAUUAUACGCGCCCUGCCGUUCUGAACGGUGCAAGCCGCCUGCGCAUGUUACAUCCACACGGACAGACACACACGUCACAAUCAAGUGAUGAACGCCCCGGAACAAGUCAAUCUCGUCGCUCUCUAUCACCAAGACCUGGUAGCAGCGCUGCUGGGAGUAGUUCUGGAUCCUCGCAAUCUUUGAAGCGUUCAUCUGCUGACAAUCAGAAUCCGACACAGAAAAAACGUUUGAGAUUGAGCGAGGCAACGUUUUUACGACGGGAUUCGUUUAUAGACAGUAUGUUUGGAGGUGUUCUUCUAACACGAGUUGAGUGCUCCGUCUGCCAUGCUACAUUCCUCUCGCGAGAUGUCUUCAGAGACCUCCAACUGGCUUUCCCCGAAAAAACUGAAGGAUGCCAGCACAGUGUACAAAGCCUCUUAGAAUUCUACUGCUCAAAGGAACGAAUGUCAGGAGACAAUCAAUACGAAUGCCGAGACUGCGGUAGACUUCGUGACGCUGAAAGGAGCGUCCUCAUUGAAACGACGCCCAAGUACCUCAUUUUAGUUUUGAAGAAUUUCAAGUUUGACUCCAAGCUACAAACUCAGACCAAGCUCAUGCACACCGUGUACCAUAACCACACUGUGACAUUACCGACGGUCCGUACACAGCCAGUCCACCCUGUAUACAACUUGUUCGCUGCGGUCAUACAUGCGGGAACGACCCUUGACUCCGGCCAUUAUUUCACUUUAGCCAAGGACAAUGAUCAGUGGCACAAGUUUAACGAUGAUGAAGUUAGCUUCGCUGAUGAGAACCUCUUAAACGGCCUGAGUCGCUCUAGCACUCCAUACAUACUUUUUUACCGUAGAACUGAUGUUGAAGAGGGUGCUGUACCAACUCUAGAGGAACUACCUCCCAAACUACAGGAAUCAGUCCUCUCACAUAAUAAGAAUUAUGUAGAGACCGUACGACAGAUCCGUCAUAAUCGUCCCUGACAGUUAAGGUCCGACAAGCACAUCGAUUUCUCGGUGUUGGACUAUGUCGAGGAGGAAGAUUCAUCUUCUAAAUAAAUUAUGUAAAUAUUCUUUGAGGUUGGUGAUAAAUGACAAUGUACAGUGGUGAAUGUGCAAAAGAAUUAUGAAUAUAAAAUUCGUUAUUGGCACCUCUGUGCAAAUAUUAGGAGGAAAUAUAUUUUUAAAAGGUGUUUGGAAUCACUGAUGAAAAUAUUUAAGUUCUUUAAUAAAUUAUUGGUUGAUUUGUAAAAUAACAUAAUAAUGUAUUGUUUAGUAACAUAUGUAUAUUAAUGUACAUAUUGUUGUACAAAGUUUGUUAUUCGAUAGUUGGCCAGUUACAUGACUACACGAUUUCGUACAAUGUAAUGUCAAAAGUACUGCUAAAUUAUCUUAAUAAAUCGCUUUAUUCAAACCGACUUAUUAAGAUUACCAAAAAAUGAGCCAGUAUUUUGAGUCGUGUACUCUUAUUGUCCAAACAGUUUCUAAUCAUAAAUAUCGUCAAUAUCUAUUGCUAUGUUUAUUGAUGAUGGAACUAUAAACCAUUUAAAAUAAUAGACUCAUUCACAGACUAAAGAGUCAUUGAGGCGUGUAAAUCGUCUUUAACUUGCAUGUACAUAUACGUAAUUUUAGAUUUACUGAAGAUGGAACUCAAAACCAUCAAAAAUAUUGGACAUUUUCACAGACUAAAGAGGCAUUCUAGUGUGUAAAUCGUUUCUCACAUGCUAAAUCAUGUACAAUGUACAUAUCUAUAUCGUAAUGAACAGGAAACGAAGACUAUUGAGGCAUUCUAGUGUGUAAAUCUUUUUAACUUGCCAAGUAUGUACAUAUAUGUUUAUAUAUGUAUAUAAACAUAUAUAUAUGUAUAUACAUAUGUAUAUCUAGGCUUUUUGAUGAUGGAAACUAAAAUCAUGUAAUAUAUUAGAUAGUUUCAAAGACUAAGGAGGCAUUCUAGUGUGUAAAUAUAUUUUCACUUAAUUUACAUACGGUGCUCUUUAAAAGUUAGCUGAAAUGAACAAUACCAUAUUAAAUGCGAGGAAAAUAAAAUAAACCGGAAAAAAGUAAAAGUUACAAAAACUAUUCAUUAAAAUAUGAGCAAUUUAGAAUAUUUAUAUUAAGGAAAAAAAAAAACAUGAGAACUUUAACAAUUGAACCAAAUUGCAGUUAGAAUUAUUGAAAUUGGUUUUUUUCAUAUCUUUACUUUUAAUAUUUUUAUUAGCCAUUACACUAGAAUUGCAUUAAGUCGUAAAGGAAUCACUUCUUCAAAAUUUUGUAUGUUUGAUCGUUAUAGUCGAUCGUGUUUCAUAAAUUUUAUUGUGAAACAAAAUCCUAUUGCGUCUUGCACUAUGUAUCCUUAGACCGCAUGUUCCUUGUCCAUUCCACAAUCGUUCAAUUGUGUAUUAAAGUCAGAUUUCAUUGAAGGGCAUUCCAGUAAGCCCAUUAAUUUAAAUAUAUUGUUAGAUUCAUGUAAACGUCGGAACGUUGAAUUGAUGGAACUUGUAAAUGUAAUCUACAUAACUCCAUUGUUGCUGUAGACUGUUUUAUAUUGUGAUGAAGAAUAUAACAACAGAUCUUUGCUACCAUUCUGCUUACAGUUAUUUGAAGUCGACCUACACUCUGCUAAAACAAACAAAAAAAUCGCCUCAAAACCACCACACUUUCACUAUUAGUCGCCAUUAAGUCAUUGCCACCGGCAUUGAUCACGGAUAUUUUGAUUCCUAACAUAUUGAAAGACUAAUCUCUUCAAUAGUCUAUUCGCUUAUCCGAGUGCUUGCGAACCAAGCCUCAAGGUUAGUUCGUUAUGGAUUGACGAGCUUCCAACUUCAGGAAACUUUUCUUUGUUAUCUUGGACCAAAUACUGACGAUUUAUUUUGUACUGCCCUAACAAUACCAUUAAAUUAGUCUAAACGGCGCCGGUAUCGAUAAUUUUAAAAAUGUUCUAACUUUAAUAAAUAACACGACAUAAUUGUUCUUACUAAUUAAUUUCAAAUGACUUUUAGAGGGCGCAGUAUGUACUUCUUCUAGGUUUACUGAUUGAAUUUAAAACCAUCAAAAUAUUGGACAAUUUCACAUACUAAAGAGGUAUUGUAAAUCGUGUAAAUCGUUUUUAACAUGAUAAAUCAUAUAUGUACAUAUGUCUAGGUUAACUCCAUGAAGCAACAUGAAACGAAUAAAGUUAGUGUACAAUUUAACAGACUAAAGAAGCAUUCUUGUGUGUAUAUCUUUUUUAACUUGCAUGUACAUACAUGUAUAUGUGGGUUUACUAAUGAUAGCCAUGCAACGAUCCAAUAUAUUGGAUUUUUUCACAGGCUGAAGGGACAGUCUAGUGAAAAUAUUUAUUUAACUUGCAUUUAUAUAUAUGUGUACAUCUAGGUUAUGAAAAUGGUUUUAAAACCAUGCAAUUUAUACACACUUACAGACUAUAGAGGCAGCUUAGUGUGUAAAUCUAAACGCAAUUGUUUCCUGUUAAUUAUAUUAGUAUAAUUAGGUAAAAACGUAUCUUUGCAAUGUGAAUAAAAUAUUAGUAGAUUUUUGUUUAAAAAAUCCUAAAUCUUGAGGAUGUUAUAAAAAUAAUACAUCGAAAGAAGACAACAUUAGAAUGGUACAUUGAAAGGAAAUAUAAGGAAAGGAACACAAAGAAAGUUGAAUCGAAACUUAUUUCAAAGUUUCUAACGCAAACUAUUAGCUUAAGUCUUCAAAAGUGGAAUCGAUGGAACCUGCAUCUAAGUGUACCCACAAAUUGUUUCUAGAAAAUGAAAACUUCUUUACAGCCAAGGAAAUGUUUGAAAAACGUAUACCUGUAUUUUUAAUUGGCUGAAAUAAUAUGUUCUUUUUGAUAGUAUAAUUUUUAUUUUUUAUUUUAAAGUCAUCUACAAAAUACGACCUUAUUUACAGAGAAGGAAAUGCCUAAGAAAAAUAUGCAUGUAUUUUUAAUUUGUUAAAAUAAUAGGUUCUCAAUACAACACUUGUUAUAAAUUAUUUUUUUAUAUAACAAUGUUAAUAUCUUCUACGUUAUUUCAUACAAAUAAAUAAGUAACAACUUGUAUAUACGGUUAUCAUUUUAGGAUGUUAACGUGUAACUUGGAAUGGAUUAUAUGAAUUAACAAAAAUAGUUUUAUGGUGUAUAUGAUAUCAAAAAUAUUAUCCUACAAACGAAAAAUUUCUCUUCUUUCUAAUGGAAUUGUUAACGACUUCUUGCAUAUUAUGUAGGUAUUGUGUUGAUACAUAGUUGUUAGUAUUUUUUUAUACAUCAUGUCUUUAAAUUUUAGAUUUCUAAGAUAUUUCCUUAGGAACAACUAUUUCAUACAACAACUAUUAAUUUCACUCAAUCUAAUAGAAUUUAAGUGAAAUUAAUUUGUACAGACCUACUUGGUGAAUAAUUUUUUUCUUUCAAAUAUUUGUUUUUAAUAGAUUAAAUUCAUAUAACGUUACAAAAAUAUCAAAUAACAAGGGAGAUUUGUUUCGCUUUUCUUACAUUUUUUAUAAGUUUUCACCAUAGAAAAAGAGGGCUGUGUUUAUUGAAUAUUUUUUCGCACUAAUAAAUGUUUCAUUGAUUACCCACAUUUUUCAUUUGUAAAUAUUUGCUUACGUUUGAUAAGAAAUGCUAUAUUAUUAAUGAAGUUCUAUCAUUUCAUUAUGUAGUUAGUUAUAAAGUCUAUCUGUCAUUGAAAUGUUGAAAAUAAAGUAAAUAAUAAAAUAAAUGUCGUAUU